GGCUGGAGGAGAUCCCACUGAAGGCUGUUGAAGACUCAGGGAACAUUCUGAAGCAAGGCUAUCUGGAGAAGAGGUCCCGAGAGCACAGCUUUUUUGGCUCAGAGUGGCAGAAGAGAUGGUGUGUCCUCAACAGAAAGACCUUUUUCUACUAUGCCAAUGAGAAAAGCAAGCAACCCAAAGGCAACUUCUCCAUUGAGCGUUACAGUGCCCGGAGGGCUUUUCACCUGCGCAAAGACUCCAGGAAAAGUUGUUGCUUUGAGUUAAGCUGCCCUGGAAAACGCACCUACGAGUUCACAGCCCCGAGCCCAGCAGAGGCUGAAGACUGGGUGGAUCAGAUCCAGUUCCUCCUGAAGGACCUGAGCUCCCUCACUAUCCCGUGUGAUGAUGAGGAUGAUGAAGAAGAGCUCUACAACGACGUGGAGGGUUCUGACUCUGGGAACAGGACAACCCACAAUACUACCCUGACUCAGGAGGAGCUGAACGUUGAGAUGGAAGAUGAUGACAUCUACGAGGUCUUGCCAGAUGAGGAGCUGGAGCUGCCCUGCCCAGAGGAGGACACCAAGGAGGCCAGGAGCAGACAGCAAAAUG